GUGUAGCUACUUUAACUACUAUUCAAGCAAUAGGAGCUAGAAAUGGCGGUAACCAAAUUGGUGGUUUGAAUACUGCUGGAGAAUUUUGUAACAAAGCUAGAGCAGAAAUUGAUAUGGGUGUUGAAGAGUUCUCCACUCGAAUCAAAAAGGUUGGUAAAUUGGCCGGAAUGACACCCGAACAACAAAGAGAGCAAUUUAUUCGUAGCUUAAAUCCUAUAAACCAAUAUAAUAUUCGAAUGAUGGCUAAAUUUGAGGAUACUCAGGAAAAUAUCACAAGAGCCUUAGCUGAAGUGGAAAAAUUUACACUUUCUCAAAAAAAUGCACUAUCUUCUCUUCUUGUUUUUCUGGCAGCCAACCCCUACAUAGACACUAACAAAUCGGGAAUGACUAGAACUGAAAUCCUGGAUUUGAUAAAAACCGCAAUGGUACCCUCAGAGUCUCAAACAGCUCAACAAAAUGCUGAUUUGCAGUCUACCAUUAAAUCCUUGCAAGAGACUAUGUCUCGAGUGACUAAAACUCUAGAUAAUAAUAAAAAAUCAUCUAAGAAGAGAGCGGAAGAUACUGCCAUUAAUCGCUUUUUGA